GGUUGCGGCCGGCCAUGCUGGUCCCCAGUCGUUUACAACCUCCGUCGCUGUUUUUAUUUCCUCGAAAUUUAGUUGCGAUUUAUUUAUGCCGAGAUGGCGGACGUCGGAGUGGAUCAGCAAAUCUCUCUCUUUCGCUCCCAAAUCGAAAACAAAAAAUUCAACGACGAUUCUCUCCGGAUUCUCAAAUCCCUUCUCGUCUCCAAAGACGUUAAAUCGCUUAUCCAAACACGGUCGAACUUGAUAGAGUUCAUCAGAUCCGAAUCUCUCUCCGUUAUUCGUCAAAUUGCAGCCAAAACUGUGGAUCAACAGCUCUUCGUUCUCGAAUUCUUCGUUCGAGCCUUUGCUAUUAUCGGUGAUAUCGAGAGUUGUUUGGCUUUGAGGUACGAGGCUUUGGUUCUUCGCGAUCACAAGUCUGAAAUCCAAAAAUGGCUGCAAGUUUCACAUCUGGAAUGGCUUAAUUUUGCCGAGCAGUCACUAGAAAAUGGUUUUCAUGCUGUUGCCGUAAAGGCUUGUGACUAUGCACUAUCUUGCCUUGAGGGGAAUGAUGUUGCAGAGUCCAAAACAGAUGAAUCAUUGGAAAAUCUGCAAGUUACUGAAAAAAUAAACAAACUUAAGAAUUCUGCUCUAACUUUGGCAGCGUCAGGCUCUGUUCAGGCACAGACUGCAGAAUACUUGAGAAAGAAAACAAGUGAGAGGAGCAAUCCCCAGCCUCCAAUUUGUAAGAAACCACGUUUUGCUGCCAGCGUUCUGUACAGAAAUGGGAUUAAAAAGCACAAUGAGCGAAAAUUGAUUGCAAGCCAGAAAAAGGUACAGCUGAUUAGCAUUGAAUCAGACUCCACCAGAAAUUGAAGGUCUGCCCGAUUCCUCUGCCCCAAGCAGUUUGUUUCAUGAACAGACAUGACAUCACAAACAAUGUUGGUCAGUCUUUUCAUGCUGUUAAUUUUUACUCUUAGGUUGACAUGGCCAGAUUUGUGUUAAAAAUAAUCUGAUGAUACUAAUGGACAUAUCCCCUAUAGCACAGUUUUGGGACGCC